CCUUCCUGUCUCGCUGUACAACACGUGUGCAGUGCACAGUUUCCAGCUAACGGCAACAACAGCGGCCGAACUCCAGCUUCGUCAAACCUCUCGAGGGUUUCUACUGUUUCCUCGCUUGUGCAGGGCUUUGCCGACACAGCCGCCAAGAUGGUGAAGCCUCAGUUCAAGGGGCGAAGCUCCAUCAACCCCGGGUCGUCCAGCAGCAACCCCGAUCGGGUCAAAAGUGCUGUUGCGACCAACCUGAGGGACCGAGCCACGAUCAAGCGUCUGAAUAUGUACAGACAGACACAGAGAUGUAAUGACCGUGGAAAAGUCAUCAGACCUUUGUCGUACCAGUCCACAGUGGCUCCAGGGACUCAAGCCCGAGUGGAACCCAACAUCAAAUGGUUUACAAAUACCCGUGUGAUCAAGCAGUCAUCUCUCCAGAAGUUCCAGGAGGAGAUGGGAGCGAUACAGAAGGAUCCAUAUCGUGUGGUGAUGAAACGCAGCAGACUCCCCAUGUCUCUUUUGCACGACAGAGUCAAAGCCCAUAACUCCAAGGUGCACAUUCUCGACACAGAAGGUUUCGAGACCACGUUUGGACCAAAGGCUCAGAGGAAAAGGCCCAGUCUCAUGGUGGGGGACGUGAAAGACCUCAUCGAGAAGGCUGAGGCCUCGGCCCUGAGCUACAGCGCCGAGAAGGACAGGGACCUGGUGGUCGAGGACACAGGAGUCCGGGACGAAGCACGUGAGGAAAUCUUCAAGAAGGGUCAGUCCAAGAGGAUCUGGGGAGAACUUUACAAGGUGAUCGACUCGUCUGACGUUAUCAUCCAAGUGCUCGAUGCCCGUGAUCCAAUGGGAACACGCUCCAAAAGUAUAGAGUCCUACAUGAAGAAGGAGAAACAGUGGAAACAUCUGAUCUUUGUACUAAACAAGUGUGAUCUCAUCCCCACCUGGGUCACGAGACAGUGGGUUGCCCUUUUGUCCCAGGAGCACCCCACUCUGGCGUUCCAUGCCAGUCUCACCAACUCCUUUGGUAAAGGUUCUCUCAUCCAGCUGCUCAGGCAGUUUAGCAAGCUCCACACGGACAAGAAGCAGAUAAGUGUGGGAUUCAUUGGUUACCCUAAUGUGGGAAAGAGCUCGGUCAUCAACACGCUGCGCUCCAAGAAGGUCUGCAACGUGGCACCGCUCGCUGGAGAAACCAAGGUGUGGCAGUACAUCACUUUGAUGAGGCGCAUCUUCCUCAUCGACUGCCCCGGUGUGGUCUACCCUUCAGGCGAUAGUGAAACCGAUAUCGUCUUGAAAGGAGUGGUCCAAGUGGAGAAGAUCAAGAACCCAGAGGAGCACAUUGAGGGCGUACUGGAGCGGGCCAAGCCAGAAUACAUUCAGAAAACCUACCGCAUCCCGGUCUGGGAGAAUGCUGUAGACUUUCUUGAGAAGCUGGCAUGUCGCAUGGGGAAACUUCUCAAGGGCGGUGAACCAGAUAUCCAAACAGUCUCCAAAAUGGUGUUGAACGAUUGGCAGAGAGGACGUAUCCCCUUCUUUGUGAAACCUCCUGGAGUUGAGGGGGAUUACGAGGGGCGGUUGCUAGCGGAAGGAGCCUCACAGGCAACUGAGGCAGUGCAGGAGGAACAACCAGAAAAUCCAGAUGCCACGGCGGAGGAAAAGGAGAAACACCAGCAGAGGCAGAAGGAGCAGGUCCAGAAGAUUCUCUCCAAUGUGCGACAGAACUUUGGCAAGAUCAACGUGGCACCCGAGUUCACAGAGGAGGACUUGGUUCCCGUCGAGAUACCUGAGCUGGAAAUGUCGGACUUCUCUGGCUCUGAGGACGAUGAAAAUUGUGGCGAAGAAGAAGAUGAAGAAGACGAAGAGAAGGGAGAAGAGGACACAACCGCAGUUGAGCAACCUGAUGGAGAAAUCAAGGACUCUGAUGCAACAACCGCUCAGACUGGCGAAGCAAGCGACAGCAAGAAUUCACGCGAGGUCAUCCGUGAGCUGGAUGAGAAGAUCGCCAAAUACAAGCAGUUUCUGGACCGCGCCAAAACCAAGCGCUUCUCUGCAAUCCGGAUACCCAAGGCAAUGUCUGACAAAGCACUCGUAGACAUCAAGGCGAAAACAGCAGCAGAUCAGAUUAAAGCGAGAGUCCAUUUAGGCAAAAAGAGGAGAGCUGAGGAAGAAGAGGAACCGGCACAGGCGCACAGACUGAGCUCUAAGCAGAGAAGAGCGAUGGAUCGUGCAGGGAGGAUUAAGAGAGUUGGCGUUCGCUAUUACGAGACGCACAAUGUGAAAAACAAGAACAAGAACAGAAAGGCCCCAGCAGCAGCCACAGAGGGCGGGAGGACCAAGCGAUCAAAGCACUAAGGAUGGAGUUAUAUAACACAACAUGUGUAAUAGAUCUUUAUUUCAUUUGGCCAAAUAAGGCCAAGCUUUUGAUUGGAAAAGUACAGUUGAUAAAAGGUGGAAUUCUAACUUGAGUGUUUAAUGGUCUUUAUGAAGUGGCCACGUGAUGCCUUAUUCAGACUGUCACUCAGGACAAUGAAGUCAUUUUUGCCUUUUGGACUUUCUUUUUCCCUCGACCCCUCUGUGUUUGAAUGACAUUUCAUUCGUCAUUUACAGGUCUAAUGCUCUCUUGACGCUUAAGAGAUAUCUACAGUGAUAAUUUUAAACUGUAAUUGUCAUAAAGAAAAAGAAAAUAUUUGUUUUCAUUAUACAAAUGGGGAAAUGGUU